AUGGGAGAUGCAGCAAGCUCAUCAGGAGGAUGUGGCCUCACAGCCUCCGUGAGUGGGGGAAUGAUUUACAACUUUGGUGUCAGUUCUGCAUCUACUGUAUCAGGAUUCUUAAGACAGUUUUAUUUUGUAACCUUUCUCCUUCAGUAUGCACAGAUCUUGAGAGAAAGGCUGAGAGACUCUUUUCACGAUGUUCAGUAUGUGGAGCCUCCAUUUGAUGACUCCAUUGCUGACAUAGGUAAAGAAUGGAAGAGUGCCCUGGCAAAGUUAAAGUUUUCUAAUUCAUAUAGAAUGGAGCCAAUGAAGAAAUUCCAAGCUCAUUCAGUCGAAAUUAAAAUCCAACAGAUACUAACGGAAACUCUUAAAGAUGUCAGAUAUGAUGAUAAGGCCUUCUCACAUUUGUCACUUGAAUUGGCAGACCAAAUGUUGUUAGCAGUCAAAGAGUUUGGAUUUCACCGUUAUAAGUUCAUUAUAAAAGUGUUAUUUAUUCAGAAGACUGGUCAAGCAAUAAAUAUUGCCAGCAGGUGGAUCUGGGAUGUUGCCUGGGACAGCUGGGUACAAGCUAAACACGAAACGGAAACGUACGUGGCCCUGGCGUUGGUGUUCGCUCUUUACUGUGAAUAGCUGCAUGCACACCCCAACUUUCACCAAUAAAGCACGUGACGGGCUGUC